UUCUUUGGUUUUCUGCUCACCGCCUCAGCUCUUCUCCUAUAAAUAUCGCACCAUUUCUCGACUCCCAGAGUCCAUAAUUCUCAUCUACACACACACACACAUAAAUACACAUUGUGCUGUUUGAAGAUGAAGAAGGGUGCUGCAGCUGUCUGGUGGGUGGUGGCGAUAGUGGUUGUGCUGGCCGUGGCUGAGGUGCAUGAGACGGGGGCGGCGCCUUGCAACCCGGUAGAGCUGUCGCCCUGCCUUGCAGCGAUAUCAGGGUCGCAGCCGCCGUCGGCGGAGUGCUGCAGCAAGCUGAAGGAGCAGGUGCCCUGCUUCUGUGACUACGUGAAGAACCCGGUUUUCAAGCCGUAUGUCGACUCUCCUAAUGCCAAGAAGGUUGCUGCAACCUGCGGCGUCGCCUUCCCCACAUGUUGAAAGUUGGAGAAAGAGUGGACAUGGACUAAGUUGCCAUGUACCCCAGAAAAGAAUAAAUUGAUUGACAGGACGAAUUGAUGGGUGUUUGUGUGUUUAUGUAAAACCACCUUCACAUUCGUGUGUAAUAAAAAUGGAUAUUUAAUGAAAGUAUUAAAUGCAUCUUUAUCCCCUAAUUUAGAUUA